CUGGCCUGCAAAUUCCUCUCCUCUGCAUUUUUGUAAUGCAUUCUCUGCAUUUUCUGAAUGUGAAUCUGUGUUUUAGUCCUAACAACUAACAUAAAAUUGGCAUGUUUUUCAUAUUUAAUUGUCAUUUCAACUAUUUCCACAUGUUAGUGUAACCGCAACUUGCAGUCAGAUAUCAACUUCGAGAAAAUUACAGUUGAUCUAUCCUUGCCAGGACAAAAGGAUAAAGCGGGAGAGAAGUAGAAAAAACAUACAGGAAAAAGAAAAUAAAUGAAAAAGUUGGUAACUUGGUAUCGAUGAUGAAGCAGUUUAAAAAACAAUGGAAAGCAAAGUGUGAACGAGAAUUCAAACAGAGGUCGGAUCCCUCUAUAUUGACCCCACUUGCACCUAUCUCACCUCAUUUGCUUCUCCAUGUCAUUCAGAAGAAACCCCAGAACCACAUAGAUGGUGGAUUCCCCUGCUUCAAGUAAAUCCAGCUGAGAGAAGCAAUGGGAAGUUCAGACGAUAAUCUCGAGAUCAAACACAGGUUGUCAUUGUCAAAUGAAGAUAUACACAAGCGGAAACUGCAGCGGAGUAAACCCAAAGGAAUCGGCAAAUCUUUGCAGUUGCCCCUCCAAUAUAAGAGUGCAAACUGCAAGUUCUCUCUAUUGAAAUUCCUCCUUGCCGUUACUAUAUGUGGCACGUUGGCAACGAUACUCUACCGUCCCGAAGUUUACAGCAGUGACAGUCUAUCAUCAUCCACGAUUCGGCCAAGUUUUGUCAACAGAUGGAUAUGGGGCGGAUCAGACCCACGGUACAUGGCGCUUUUGGACAUAGAUUGGGAGGAUAUAAGAGACGUAACAGACAGCCUAAAUGGGAAAAAUGACUAUCAUGGAAUCGGCCUUUUAAACUUCAACGAAAGUGAAAACGGAUAUUGGAAGCUGCUUUUUCCGAGGGCAAAGCACAUUGUUCUGCCCUUGGAAUAUGCUGCCAAAAACGUCACUUGGGAUUCAUUAUAUCCGGAGUGGAUCGACGAGGAAGAAGAAACUGAUGUACCCGUUUGCCCGAACCUACCGCGCAUCAAACCACCGGCUGUGCGGCUUGACCUUAUCGCCGUGAAACUUCCAUGCAGGAACGAGGGCAAUUGGUCGAGAGAUGUGGCGAGGCUCCACUUGCAGCUCACAGCAGCGCGGGUCGCGUCAGCAGCCAAAGGGAGCUAUCCAGUGCACGUCCUCUUCGUGUCCAAGUGCUUUCCGAUACCCAACUUGUUCACCUGCAAAGAGCUUGUCCAGAAGAUAGGCAACGUUUGGCUUUACAGGCCAAAUCUGAGUGUCCUGAGAGAGAAGUUGCAGCUCCCUGUUGGGUCAUGUGAACUUGCUCUUCCUCUCAAUGUCAGAGAACGGGUUUACACUGGAGAUGCACGCCGAGAAGCUUAUGCGACCAUCCUUCACUCUGCUGAUGUAUACGUCUGUGGGGCAAUAGCUGCUGCUCAAAGCAUACGAAUGGCCGGUUCGACUCGUGACCUCGUAAUACUCGUGGACGAUUCGAUCAGCAACUACCACAGGAGCGGUCUGGAGGCAGCCGGUUGGAAGAUCCGCACAAUACAGCGGAUCAGGAACCCAAAGGCCGAGAAAGACGCCUACAACGAGUGGAACUACAGCAAGUUCCGGUUGUGGCAGCUGACCGACUAUGACAAGAUCAUAUUCAUCGACGCCGACUUGCUCAUCCUCCGAAACAUCGAUUUCCUCUUCGCCAUGCCUGAAAUAUCGGCCACUGGGAACAAUGCCACGCUAUUCAACUCCGGUGUCAUGGUGAUUGAGCCAUCGAAUUGCACGUUCAACCUUCUGAUGAAGCACAUCAAUGAGAUAGAGUCCUACAAUGGCGGCGACCAAGGGUACCUGAACGAGAUCUUCACGUGGUGGCACCGGAUCCCUAGACACAUGAACUUCUUGAAGCACUUCUGGAUCGGUGACGAGGAAGAGAAGAAGCAAAUGAAGACUCGGCUCUUCGGGGCGGACCCCCCGAUCCUCUACGUGCUUCACUAUCUAGGAGUGAAGCCGUGGCUUUGCUUCCGGGACUACGACUGCAACUGGAACGUCGACUUCUUCCAGGAGUUUGCCAGUAACGUCGCGCACGAGCGGUGGUGGAGAGUGCAUGACGCGAUGCCAGAGGUCCUGAAGCAGUUCUGCAUGUUGGGUUCGAAGCAGAAGGCGCAGCUGGAAUGGGAUCGGAGAGAGGCCGAGAAGGCCAACUACGCGGACGGGCAUUGGAAGAUCAAGGUCAAGGAUGCGCGGCUAGGCAAGUGCAUCGACAAUUUGUGCAACUGGAAGAGCAUGUUGCGACAUUGGGGCGAGAUGAACUGGACCGACGACCAGUUCCUCCCGCCCUCGCCUCCGGCGAUCUCUACGGCAUCUCUCUCCCAGCAAUGAGUACAGAGGAUGCUUCUGUUUAUCUUUGUCAUGCCGAGCUAUAAUUUCUUCACACAGAACGUAGAUGAGAGACUGAUCUUCCGGCGAUCGGUUCGGUUUUUUUUCUUUUCCUGCCUCUUCCUAUCGCAUAAGGCGUCUGAUAGAGACCCUCCUUGAUGCUUCGAAAUUGGAUUCGACUGGAAAUAACAACUGGAGAAAUGAACGAACUUUGGUUAGAAGAAUCAAGAAUGCUGUUCCUCUACUGUACUCUUGUCUCGCAAUGCUACAAGAAUCAAGCACCACUCUCAAAUCACUUUCUAGAUCUGAAAAAUCAAGACAGUUUCUUUGUA